AUGGUCGUGUUGGAAUACGAUGCUUCAGCCUAUUCAAAGGCACGCGUACUUCCCACUUUUUCUGAUGCGCCUUUUUUUUAUGAUCGCACCAGGUACAAAGCAGAUGGUGCACCUGACUUGAAUGCAGGUGCCUUGCUUGCUGAUGCCAAAACUGUCCAUUCUCAUUUUAACCCUCGUGUAUCGUAUUAUUUUACUGAAGGUGUUUCUGAUUAUCAUUAUGGAGAACACCACCCCAUGAAGCCGGCUCGACUUGCCCUCACUAAUCGUCUCGUUCAUGGUUAUGGUCUACACAAGUAUAUGGAUGUGUACUCACCGCGUUGGGCGUCUCGAGAAGAAUUGGAAAGAUUCCAUGACAGUGACUAUGUGGACUUUCUGAGCAAGACCACACCAACAACCCCUCUUUCUUCUGCCUUUACGCGCUUUAAUUUCGCUGAUGAUUGUCCAGUGUUCGACGGCAUGUAUGAUUUUUGCCGGGCCUAUGCUGGUGCCUCUCUAGCUGCUGCUAGAAGGCUUCGAGCAGGUGCAACAGAUAUUGCUAUCAAUUGGACUGGCGGUCUUCAUCACGCGAAAAAGUUCGAGGCGAGUGGAUUCUGCUACAUCAAUGACAUUGUAUUGGCGAUUCUGGAACUACUACAAACUUUUCCGCGCGUAUUGUAUAUUGAUAUUGAUAUUCAUCAUGGAGACGGUGUUCAAGAGGCUUUUUAUACAUCAAAUCGUGUUAUGACGGUAUCUUUUCACAAAUAUGGCAACGACUUUUUUCCAUGUACGGGCGAUAUAAGUGAGACUGGUGUGGGCUUAGGCAAGCACUUUUGUUUAAAUGUGCCACUUCAAGACGGUAUUGAUGACAGCUCAUAUGUAUAUCUAUUUAAAAGUGUCAUCGAACCGUGUAUUUAUACUUUUCAACCAGGCGCCAUUGUGCUGCAAUGCGGUGCUGACUCGCUUGGGUUGGAUCGGCUGGGCUGCUUCAAUCUGAGUAUUACCGCUCACGGCGAGUGCGUUGCAUUCACGAAAGCAUUUGGAUUACCACUAUUGGUAGUGGGAGGCGGCGGCUACACUAUCCGAAACGUCGCUCGCUGUUGGACGUAUGAAACGUCCAUUCUUACUGGCACACAAAUUCCAGAUGAUCUGCCUCAUACCCCCUACGACGCCUUCUUCGCACCAACGCACAGACUCCAUGAGCCACUAAAUACCCGCGUUGAAAAUCAGAAUACACGUGCGAGCCUCGAACGUACUCGUGUGCAGAUUUUAGAACAUUUGCGAUAUCUACAUGGUGCUCCAAGUGUUCAGAUGCAGGAGCUGCCUCCGGACCUUGCAGGAGGAUGGGUGGAUGAGCCUCAAGAGGCUUUGGCUUGA